GGAAAAAUGGAUGGUUUAUUAUUAAUACUUUUAUCUUGGUUUGUUGUCUCUUUAAUUUGUUAUUUUUUUAUUCUUCGUUAUAAUCGAAGAAGGCAAAGUAUUACUACAACAAUUAAUAAUAACAAUAGAGGACAUCAGAAUGAGGGAAAUGAAAGUAUUUUAAUGCACGAUGUAGCAAAUUGGCUAGUUUGGGGUACAGGAGAAAAAGGGGCAACAAUUAAUGAACAAUUUGCUAAUUUAUUAACAAAAAGUUUAAAUGAAUCUUCAAAAAGAUUACAAGAACAAGGGCAACCAGAGAUGCAUUUUGAUGGAGUAAAGCUUCAACAAAGUUCGGCUAAUUCAACACUUAGAGAUUUUCAUGUUAGGCCUAAUCGUUCUCCCGGCAAUCAUUUGUCAAUAAGUGGAAAAGUUUAUAUCGAAAAUAAAACAACUUUAUUAAAUGAAAAUCAACCUAAAAUAAAUCUUUUGGUUACAAUUUAUGAACAGCAAAUAGAUAAUUUAAAUAAAGAGGAGGAAAUGAAAAAAACAUUAACAAUUGAACAUCCAAGGAAUUAUAGAAUUAUUAUUGACGAAAUGAAUGGAGAGGCAGAAGUUCGUUUAGCCCAAAUAGCUGGAGAAUUAUUUAUUAUUGCCUGUUUUAGUGGCCGUCCAGAUGUUAAAUUAAAAAUUUUAGAACCUACAGCAGAAAAAGCAAUGGAGAAUUUUGUUAUUGAAUUUGCGAGGAAAUGUAUUCUUGGGGCCGUUUUAAAUUUUAGUUUGGGGGAAUUGUUAUAUCCUGAUGAAGAAUCUACUGCUAGGGUUUGUGCUUAA